ACUUUGAUACAACGCCCCCUUUUACGUGGAGAUCAGAUGGGAUUUUUACGGCUUCAGGCUCUAAUGGACACAAUGUCAUUGAGAAGAACAAAAGAUAAAACACAGGUUGGAUUGCCAACAAAAAUUAUAUGGACAUAUUAGUGGAUCUCUCUGAUGCAGAAAGGGAAAUUUAUGAUCAGAUGGAAUUUAAAGCAAAGCAAAUCAUUCAGAACUAUAUUCAUGAGGAAAGUUCAAUGAAGAAUUAUUGGACUGUACUGAGCGCACUUGUGCGCCUUCGACAAAUAUGUGCAGAUGUGUCCCUGGUUCCCGCGGAGCUUCGAGAUUUACUUCCAUCAUCUCAAAUUGGAGAUGUACAGAACAACCCACAACUGCUCCCUAAGGUGGUGAUGGCACUACAAGAUGAUGAUGACAUUAACUGCCCAAUUUGCAUAUCACACCCAAAAGACACAGUCAUUACAUGCUGUGCUCAUAUCUUUUGCAAGAUGUGCAUCCUCACGACACUCCAGGAAAACAAUCGAAGCUGCCCAAUUUGUCGCCAUCCGCUCACGGAGUCCGACCUCUUCUUCGCACCAUCACAGGCUGCUCCCGCAUCAGACCGUGAAGGAAACGGCCCAUCCACAAAAGCCACUGCCCUUCUAAAUCUUCUCCUCACAGAACGGGAGCUGGACCCGACAGCAAAAUCAAUAGUGUUCUCGCAGUUUAGCAGGAUGUUGCAUUUACUUGAAGAGCCACUGAAAGCUGCAGGUUUGAAGAUACAGCGGUUGGACGGGUCGAUGAACGCAAACAAACGGGCCCAAGUGAUAAGGGAAUUCAGUAUCCCGGCACCCGAAGGAGCCACGGUUCUACUCGCAAGCCUUAAGUCAUCGGGAGUUGGAGUAAACCUCACAAUGGCUUCAAGUGUUUACUUGUUUGAUCCGUGGUGGAACCCAGCGGUCGAGGAGCAGGCCAUGGACCGUGUGCAUAGGAUUGGCCAAAGGAAGGAGGUGAGAAUUGUGAGGAUGAUUGCACUUGACACCAUUGAGGAAAGGAUAUUGCGACUGCAAGAAAAGAAGAAAAGUUUGACUCGGGAAGUUUUCAUGAAGAAGCAAAGCUCCCGAGAUCAAAGAGAUAUAAGCACAGAUGACCUCAUUAGCUUGAUGCAGUUAUGAUUCAAACUGUUGAAUCAAAAGAAGUUUGACGAAUGAAUUGAAGCAUCACAUUGGACAAGUCGCAUACAUGGUAAAACCUCUUCUUAGCUUCUUCCUCACUGCCAACAACUUUGGCUAGGAUUAUGAUUGAUGGUUUUCAACGCCUAUAUUGUCUGUAAAAAUGUCUCAAUGAGUUUUUUUGAAGAAAUGAAACUCAGCUGUAAACUAAUGUAGCAGUUUUGUAGAGUUAGAAGUAUUAACUUCAAAUUUGGUAAUUGAUCAUAAUGAUUUUUUCUUGUGAGUAACAGUUAAAUUCUAGCGAUCUCUGAUUUGAUUAUUUGAAAAACAUCCAUUUGUGGAACAUAUCUUUGUAACAACCCAUAAGAGUCCAAUUAUCCAAAUAUAAUAUAUAUAUGAACAUUUAGGUACUAAUUUUGAUGAA